CACGCACACGCACACACGCGCACACGCACACACGCGCAGACACAGUUACGCGGACAGGAUGAGGAGCGCGAGGAGCCUGCAGAGGCUCGUGCGCCCCGGGACCCCCGCACGUGCGCUACACGGACCCGCGCGCGCGCCCUCCGUGGGGCUCGUGGGUGCCCCGUUCAGCAAAGGACAGCCUCGUUCUGGGGUGGAGUUUGGUCCGUCUCGGAUUCGUGAGUUUGGACUCGUGGAUUUGCUCCGAGCUCAAGGUUGCUCGGUCCAGGACUUCGGGGAUCUGGACUUCGAGGUUUUUCCUGAGGAUCCUCCGGUUUUUGGCGUGAAGAAUCCUCUCGCCGUCGGCAGCGCAAACCAGCGCCUGUCCCAGACCCUGAACCGGAUCAAGACCCACGGACACACCGCCCUGCUGCUGGGAGGAGACCACAGGUGGACCAGGACCAGGACCAGGACCAGGACCAGGACUGAGACCAGGACCAGGACCACGACUGAGGCCUGAGACCAGGACCAAGACUGAGACCAGGACUAGGACCAGGACCAGACCAGAACCAGACCAGAACCAGACCAGGACCAGGACCAGGACCAGGACCAGGACCAGACCAGGACUGAGACCAGGACCGAGACUGAGACCAGGACUAGGACUAGGACUAGGACCAGAACCAGGACCAGAACCAGGACCAG